UGUGAAAAAUAAGUUGAGUCAGUCAUGUGCUCUGAUCCGGGGCAGAGCUACAUGUACUGAAAUGACAAUUGAAUUCCCUUUAUCAAAAAAUUAUACUGUGUAAAUAGGGUAAAAGAAAGUUUCCUGGAUCCACUUGUUAUAAUUUCUUACUCGGCCCUUAUCGUAAUGCUUUGAUAGUUCUGAUGUUAUGUUGCUCGGAUCCUUCAAAAAAUGUUGUCGUACCUGUGUUGGAUCCUCCAAAGGCCAUCAACACACAUUCUGGGCUAUUUUUGAAGAGCCCGAGCAACCAGUGGCGGUUACGUUUGAAGAGAUUGUUUACAAGAUUAGGCAAGAAACCAAAGGAAUGUGCUGUGGAGGACCAUCAGGCACAAAAGAGAAGACUAUACUAAAUGGGGUGACAGGUAUAGUGUGUCCAGGAGAGAUGCUAGCAAUGUUAGGUCCAUCAGGUAGUGGCAAAACUACCCUCCUAACAGCACUAGGCGGCCGUCUUUCGGGCAAAUUAUCCGGGAAAAUUACAUACAACAGCCAGCCUUUCUCGGGUUCAAUUAAGCGUAGAACCGGUUUCGUGGCACAAGAUGAUGUCCUAUAUCCUCAUCUCACAGUAAUAGAAACACUUCUAUUCACAGCUCUGCUUAGGCUGCCACAAAGCCUCGGCAGGGCGGAAAAAGUGAGACAUGUAGAGCACGUUAUUGCAGAACUUGGAUUAAACAAGUGUAGAAACAGCAUGAUUGGAGGACCAUUGUUUAGAGGGAUAUCAGGUGGAGAGAAAAAAAGAGUCAGUAUAGGUCAAGAAAUGCUGAUCAACCCGAGUUUGCUACUUUUAGACGAGCCUACUUCAGGAUUGGAUUCGACAACAGCACUCCGGAUCCUGAACACAGUUAAACGCCUAGCAAGUGGUGGCCGAACUGUGAUCAUAACGAUCCAUCAGCCGUCUAGCCGGCUUUAUUAUAUGUUCGAUAAGGUAGUGUUGCUCUCUGAGGGCUCUCCUAUCUACUAUGGUCCUGCAUCAAGUGCCUUGGAAUACUUCUCCUCUAUUGGUUUUUCCAUAUCCAUCACUAUCAAUCCUGCUGAUCUCUUGCUCGAUCUCGCGAAUGGAAUUGGACCAGAUACCAAGCACACUAUUGAGCAAGGUGACAAUACGGAACAGGAAAAGAAGUUGGUGAGAGAAGCUCUCGUCUCUGCGUAUGAAAAGAACAUUUCGACAAGUUUGAGAACUGAGCUAUGCAGUUUAGAUAACAGUAAUUACAAUGUUUCUACAAGAAAUGGUGUGAAAUUAGAGCAAUGGUGCACAAGUUGGAUGCAUCAAUUCAAAGUGCUGCUCCUAAGGGGGCUAAGGGAGCGAAGAUACGAGACGUUCAACAGGCUUCGGAUCUUCCAAGUUAUAAGCGUAGCAUUUCUUGCAGGAUUGUUGUGGUGGCAUACUCCAACAUCCCACAUCGAAGAUCGAAUUGCAAUGUUAUUCUUUUUCGCGGUAUUCUGGGGCUUCUAUCCACUCUACAAUGCAGUUUUCACUUUUCCACAAGAAAGAAGAAUGCUCAUAAAAGAGCGAUCAUCAGGAAUGUACCGCCUCUCAUCGUAUUUUUUAGCCAAAACUGUGGGAGAUUUGCCUUUAGAACUUGCAUUACCAACAGCAUUUACCUUCAUCCUUUACUGGAUGGGCGGGCUUAAGCCCGAGCCUACAACCUUCAUCCUAUCUCUUCUAGUAGUCCUCUACAACGUUCUCGUUUCACAAAGUCUCGGGCUAGCUUUUGGUGCUUUACUCAUGGAUGUUAAACAAGCCACUACUUUAGCAUCGGUCACAACAUUAGUCUUCCUAAUUGCAGGAGGCUACUACAUUCAACAAAUUCCAUCAUUCAUCGUUUGGUUAAAAUAUUUGAGUUACAGCUACUAUAGCUACAAGUUGCUUCUAGGGGUUCAGUACAAUCAGAGUGAUUACUAUGAGUGUUCAAAAGGAGUCUAUUGCAAAGUUGCAAAUUUGCCUGCCAUUAAAUCAGUAGGCUUAAACAAUAUGUGGAUCGACGUCUCGAUCAUGGCUGUGAUGUUGGUAGGAUACAGACUUGUUGCUUAUCUAGCCCUCACUCGUGUACGAUGAUGAUUCAAUGGAGACAUGAAGAGAGGACUUAUUUUUGGAGUGAAGUUGAAAGAGUUAAAUUUUUCUGCAACAGAAGAGUUAAGAAUGUUAGAUUUAGAUUUUGAUCCUAUUGCCAGAUUUUUUAUCAUGUAACACAAAAUUUUUGAUGUUUACUAGCACUCUGGCAAUAUUUUGCAUAUGAUUAA